AUGGAGGAGGAGAGUUUUGUUCAUAUGUGUCAUGAACACCCGCUGAGUCUGAUCCCCGACUCGGCUAAAAGACAGUACAUAGCUUGGUGUUAUGGUUGCUCGAGACACUUUAUUCCUGAAGAUGCAGCCUAUGGAUGCAGUCUCCGGUGUGAAUUUUAUGAGGCGUUACACGAAGAAUGCAUGGAAAUGCCUCGAGAGGUUAUGCAUCCUAUCCAUCCCUCUCACCCUCUCACACUCCAUCAUUCACCACUCAAUCUUGGAUCAAUAAAAUGUGCAUUUUGUGAAGAGAGUGUGUCGGGGUUACACUACAGAUGUAGCCAUGGGGGCUGUGAUGGAUUUGUGGUACACUUGAGAUGCGUGGGGGGAUUUAAAGAUAACAAUGAAACGCAGCUGCUUAUGUACCACCCAAGCCACCCCCAACAUCAGUUACGGUUUGCAAAGAAAACUAGGUGGUGCCCAUUCCCAUGUGAUGCCUGCGGUGCCACUGAGAAAGGAGACUCCUACACCUGCUCCCUUUGCGACUACUCCAUACACGAAAGCUGCGCGCUCCUUCCUGAGUCUAAGGAAUUCCCUGUUCAUCAUCACUCUCUCUCCCUUGCCUUUUAUCCUCCCCGUGAGUUUGGUGAUGAAAAUGAAAAUGCAAUUGAGGAUCAGAAAGAGGUUACCAAGUUCCCAAUAGCUGUAGAUGACAUGUAUGAGGAGAUUAUUAGACCCUUCGUUAAGCGACAAAGUGGACAACUUUCCGUCCCUCAUGGCGAUCAUGACAAUCAAAACACUGGUGGCAAGUACAGGUUCUUCAGUCACCCUCAUCAUCUACUAACUUUUACUCCUACAUUUUCUUCAGCUUCAUCAUCUUCUCCAUCAUCAUCUUCUCAUCGUUACUGGAAAAUAGAAGAUGAAGAAGAGGAUGAUGACGUUGAAAGUAUUCCAAGAUUGGAAUUAACAUGUGAUGGGUGCGCACUGCCUAUACGUGAAAAGAAGCAAACAGAUGAUGAUGAUUACGAGAAUGAGAAUGGUUACAUGAGUUGUGACGAAUGCAAAUACUUCCUCCACUUGUCCUGCUUCAACUUACCACUUGAGAUCCCCUCUCUUCCUAUUCAUCCUCGCAACGAUCACAGCCUAAUGCUUCGAAAUGUUGAUGGUGACUUCUACUGCAACAGCUGCGAAAACCUUAUGUUCCGCAGGAGCUGGAUGUAUUACUGUCGAGACUGCGAUCAGUCCUUUGAUCCUGAAUGCUUUCCUGCUACUUCGGGCACGGCCAGAAACAUCAAAUAUGGGGCAGAGCAGUAUGUCAUUUCCAGUAUUCAUGAUCACCCUCUUAGAUUUCAAAUCAUAACCAACAAAAACAUAUGUGACCUUUGUAGUGACGAUGCGUAUGAUGGGUCUGGAUUUAAGUGUGCUUCAUGUUUCUUUGUAGUGUGCAUAUCCUGCGGUAUCAGACACAUGGAUGAUGCCCAAAAGGCCAUUUGA